AUGGUUCGGAGAGCGCUUGGUAAUUUUCCUCCACAAUUAGAGCAGUCAGUUCUUUACCUUGUCAGGAAACACCUGUGUCGAGGUCGUUUCGAGGAUCUUCUCAAUGAUGUGUCCUUGUUCAUGAAGGACCGGUAUUUUGUUGGCGAGGAGUGUUCAUAUAUUGAUGGUAAUCUUAGGAUACCUGUGAGGAUCACCGGUGUUACUGUUGUGAAGGAUUGGCAGCCUGAAAAUGUCAGUGGGAAGGAGCCACAAGUUCCACCCCCAGAUACGUUCCGUUAUUCAGUAAAAUUCCUGGAGGGUAACCCUCUGUAUCCACCGCCGGACUCAUCGCCUGGGAACGAUACCUUCGACAACCUACUCAUUCCCCACACCUCUUUGCAUCGCGCUAGGAGCGUUGCUUCCAAGCCGAAGUUGAAACUAUAUUUGAAGAACUCUUGUUUGGUUCGUAAUGAAAGAUAUGACAUCAAAAUAGGGUUACAACAAGAGGAGCUGUCUUCGAUCUUCGAGAAGGCUCGCAGGUUUGGAGUUGAUUUGACAAAGUAUGAGCAGAAAACACGUUUGCUGACCACCAACGAGAUUGCAGAACUAAAGCUUCUCAUCAAGUCUUCGAGGACUCAGGAGAGAGAACUCGCGCGUGAAGCAAAGAGAAUGAAAAUGAAGGCGAAGCAUGAGUGGCAGAAGAAAAGAGACGAUUUGGAUUGCGAUGAUCUGAAGGCUUUCCCAGUUUUCCCGGCUUUAUCUCUUCCAAGUUGGCUGAGUGAUGAUGAAUUCUCCGAAUAUCUCGUCAUUUUACAAUUUUUCACCGCUUUUCAGGAACUUCUGCCUAUUAAAGAAGUCAGAGGCGAGUUUUCGUUAUUGAUGGUCAAUUCAAAAUUGGUUAAUUUCUAUAAAAGCCGAACAAAUCGUGUGAGCCUUACGGAUGUAAUCAUGGCAAUACGCUGCGCAGAUCCGCAGUACAGUACGUACGCUGAUCUCAUGAAAAUCCUAUUAUCUGCAAGGACGGAUCGUGCCGAUGAAGAAGAUGGUGAUGAAGGUCAGUCAAUUCGGCAUAUACCAGCAGACUGGAUGACGCUGACGGAAUCACUGCGAUUAGUGCUGCUCACCUCUGGCUACUACACCGGACAAAGUACUCACCGGCAUCGUCUCUUCGCCAGGGGAAACUACAAAGGGUAUGAGGAUGCAGGUUUUGUUUACCGACUUAAUCAUCCAGAAACUAUGGAAAAACUGCGAACUAGCACCGUUUUCGAUUUGACACCGACUGAGCGUCUGGAACUAAUGAAAGUCAUAAUAUAUCAGCUUCUAAGUUACAACAAGUUUCGAAGUCGGCAGGAUGAUCGCCUAUUCGAGCUUUGGGAGCAACGUCGAGAGUUGAAGAAGUUGAGAAACUGGGACUUGACACAGGAACAGGAAGCUAAGGACGCUCGACUGGCGCGUGAGUACGAGCUUGAGCUCAUUGAAGAACAAGGUCAAGAAGCCGCAAAGCAACAAAUAAAGGAGUGGCCAGAGCCUAGCGAGGACACUUUAAAAUUAAAACAGCACCUUAAGGCUGUUCAAGAUUCACGGCGCUUCGAUCGAGAUGAAAUGGAGCAAAUGUUGUUAGCUGGUGUUGCUUUCAGCGAGCUUGAUUACGGUGAAAUUAUCAUGGCGCGAGAUCUACAGCGUGAAAAAGUUCAAGAAGUUGAAAUGAAGCUACUGGAAUCAAUAUAUAAUCUCACCACAGCAGCAGGGCAGCUUCAUCUUGGACGUGACCGUGCUUUCCGAAACUACUUCCUGUUGGAGUGCGUACCAUGCCUCGUUGUUGAAAAUCCCAUUGAAGCCGACAAUGUCGGAGUUUGCACCGAAGCCACGCCAGUUGCAGAUCCGAGCGAGUAUGGUAGCGAAGAAGCAACUCGUCAAUUUGUGCUAGGCUGUUCGGGAAAUAUGAACACUUGCUCAGUUCAUGGUGAAGGACGAAAACGAAGGCCAAGAUGGACAUUUGUGGAUUCUCUCGAGAAGGUUGAUAAAAUUGUAAUCGCUUGUAAUCCCCGAGGAGUGCGUGAAAUCGAACUCGCAGAAGAAAUCACCUUUUUCCGCCCACGCAUUGCUGAAGUGAUGGAAAAAGUGGAGACGAAAUUGGCUAAUGGUCAGCUCGAGGCACUGUUCAUGGUCGGUCAGCCGGAUCCUGCUGAAAUGCAGAGUGGUGUGGAAUGGCCUAUAGAACUGCGUGAACUACUCUUAGAUUUGGAGGAGAAGAUGGAGCAGGGACUGCUCGGUCGUCUGCCGUCUCACAUCGAUCGCCAGACUUGGCGUCAAGUUUUGCUGGAUACAGGGGAUAUUACAUCGCUUAUGGAUCGAGACGUGGUCGUUAAAGGUGCUCAAGACGACGUGGUAUGGACAAAAGAUGAACUGCCGCGGCUUACCGAGAUCCAAAAGCUCGCUGUUGCAUUCCUACAGUUGGUUCAGUGCAUUAGUUUGAAGUUUUUCCAGAAACCGUUCAGUGUGACCAAAGUUGACGAAACUGGUCGCAGUGUUGUUAUGGCCACACCAGUUUUCUUGCGAUGGCAACGAGCGCUGUUGAUGUGUGAUUCGAUACCGGCUGUUUGCCUUUUCUUGUCGACUUUGGAACCAGCCAUAAUGUGGGAUAAGAGUAGACUUCAAGCCCGUUGCCGUGCAUGUCGUCGUAAAGCAAAUGCUGAAGCGUUGGUACUAUGCGCAGAUUGCAAUCGGUGCUAUCACUUUCAUUGUGCUCGGCUCGGUGUUGGUCCUGCUCCUCUAGAUUGGUGCUGUGCUGACUGUAAAGCUGUCCGACGGAAAGUUGCAGCUGCUGAAAAAAGAAAAGCUCAGAAAGGUAGUGCAGGGCUUAAAAAUAUCGCAAAAGCUGCCAUGCAAGCACCAGAAGAGACCUUCGAUGACGAGCAUAUGGGAGACGAAAAUAGCCUUAGUACUACGUUUGGUGAAGAAUCGUUGCAAAACAAUGGGCAUGGUACGAACAAUGUCAUUCGCACAAGUAGCGGUCGAACUGUGCGUCGAGUGCAAUACACAGAUAGUGUCAUGAUUCCUGACUCGGACUUAUCUCCACGCCCACUUAAGUCUUCUAAGCGGCAGUCUAUGCGAUCGAACGGCUAUUCUCAUGUUGACUUCAUUGAUGAUGACUUGGAUUAUGACAGUGAAUCAUCCUCAGUUCCACGGAGUAAAAGGAGACGAAAAAACACUGAUGAGUAUACUGAAUCUCCGAAGCGUAGUUUCGCACCCGUUUUACGUGAUGCUGAUUUGUCGUCGCGAGCGAGAAUAGAGGCUCUCGAAAAUAUCAUCCGGGAAGCUAUGAAGGAGCCAUAUGCAUGGCCAUUCAUUGAACCAGUGGACAAAAGAGAGGUUCCGGACUAUUAUGACGUGAUCAGCCGACCUAUGGAUCUUCGUAAAAUAAUCAACAAAAUAAAGCAACAUAUUUACGAUACACCCGAAGAAGUUCGAUCAGAUGCCUACCUCAUUAUUGCAAAUUGUAAAGAGUACAAUGAGGAAGGAAGUGAAGUUUUCGACUGCGCCGAGCAGCUCGAAGACUUCUUUCAAGAUCGGUUUAGGUCAUUUUUCGAUGACAGGAAAAAGAAGAAAUGA